AGCAAAAUAUGUUUGUCAUUAGCGAUCGCAUUGCUGAACGCAUUUCCGACAUCCGAGCAGUGCGCGCCGGCGCCGUGUAUGAUGCCGCCCCCGCCGCCGCCCAUGCCGUACUUAGCGCCCCCCCUCAUGGCCAUGCCGCCCCCAGUGUUCCUACCGCCCCCGAUGCCGCUGCCCGCCCCAGCCCCAGCCUACGCCUUGUUCUUCACUGGAAACAGAGGCAAAGGCGGCGACAUGACAACCACCACUAGCACCACCACACAGAACCCGAUGGACGGAAUGAACUUCGCGAUCGCCAUACCCAUCGCUCCUUCCUUCGGCAUGCCGGCUCCACCCAUGAUCAAAUUCUCAGACAACUGUAAACCCAAUAAACCCAAUAACGACUGCCGAGAAUCCUCCGACAGUGCCAGCACAUCCUCUGAGUCUAAAUCGAUUCAAGCCGAUUCCAUGUGCUCCGACGAGAAGCCCAGGGGCAGGGGUAAGAAGAAGCGGAGGAAAAGCAGGAAGAAGAGCAGAAGGAGUCUGAAGAAGCGGCCGCGGCUGGUGAAGCCGGUGCUGUCAUAUGUGGCGAGGGACGGGAAGGUGCACUUCGAAACUAAGAUAAGCAAUGUGGAGGCGUUCCAACUACUCAACGAUCGAGACAAGAAGUCUGCGAGAAGCGAUGACGCACCGAGGUCAGUGAAGAUUGUCACCAAAUCAGAUGGUGACGGGAAAAAUCGGUUGGUGGUUAUUGCAAGUGGUGAAGAAGUGAUUCUGGAUGGAGCUCGGAGGAACGCGCCUCGCAGGGUGAACACAGAAGUGAAUCAACUGACGCGCGGGAAAAAGCGAAUAAUUUUUAAUCCACCCGAGAACAGAAAAAUUACGAAUAUGUCUAUUGCCUUCCAAAUUGAAUGAUAUCCAUGAUAAGUUGAUAACACUAAGUAUUUAGAUGGUUUCAGUGUAUGUUUUAUACUUAAAGUUUUAUACCUCUACUUGUAUUUUUGUAGUGAUUGAAUAAAUAUUUCUUAACUA